CGGCUUGGGAAAUUCAGGAGUUUGAGAAACCAACUGACGUCGAUCUUGGAGCUUUGGCAGGUGAGCUUUCGUAGAUCUCGGGAAGAGAUCCGAAAACCAUUUCUGAAGAUGUGAGGCGUUGAAGAGAAGGCCAUCUUGAUCUCGCUGUUUUGAACAUGUCGAUUCAACACCGGCCUCUGACCACUUUCCUUCUCGUCGAAGGUGUCGAUAAUCUCAACUGAUGGAAGGAUCUGGCACUGACUGAGCCCUCCGCUUUUCAGACCACGUGGUCACAGCCAGACUCACAACGACCCCAAAGUCGCAUAGCAUGGCCCCACGGAUUGUCAUACCUGCAGGCGAGACUUGGUUUGAUAUUCACGAAACCAGCUUUUCAGAUGUACCAGUCUCCGCUAAUCGAUAUGUGCCGAUAAAAGAAUUUCUUGCAGCCACUGAAGCGACAGCCACGAUAUUAGACCUGCUUGGCUCAGCAGUAUUCACGCCUAUUAAGAAUGACAUGCUUUUCAACGUAGGGCGGGUGCGCUCACGGCAAGCCCAAGAUGCAGAAGGCUCAAGGACGCUACAAGAUCUGGUCAAGAACGAACUCGCAACUCAAGCUCAUUCUGCAACUGCAGGGUUGACGUGGCUGGUCCGAGGUCUUGACUUCCUAGCACAUGCGCUGAAGACUGAUCUCACACAGAACAAAGAUAUCUCAGCAACAGAGAAGAUGCCAAAAAUGGACUUGAGAGAGUCUUUCCGAGACAGCUACAAGGUCACGCUAUCCCCGUAUCAUACAGUCGUAAUCAGACCCAUUUUUCGAGCAGCAAUGAGCGCAGCGCCUCGACGCAAAGAUCUGUAUAUUCGGUUAAGUGGAAAGGGAACCGACCCGGAACUGGCAGUUCAGGCGAUGGAAAAAUGGGUUACUGCCACGGAGACCAUCGUGACGAUCUUGAAGGAUUUCCUGGCAACUGACGAGGUCAAAGUGUUACUGCCUGAACGCAUGCAAUAAAGACUAUAGACCUUUGCACCAGAUUCACCAAUUACUCUAUGCUUUGUCGCUUUUCACUCUUCAAAUGGCGGGUAUCCGUUUGCUCGCCAUUCAUCAAAAGUCAUUCCGUUGGCCGCUGCAGGCAUCCUCACCAUGAGCGGCACCUCAACAUCUUCAUCCGUGCCCAGAAUCUCCUUCUU